UGUACCGUUCCUGUCGGGCCAACCUGAUAUAAAUAUGAUUCAAACCCUGCUAGAAAGGAGAAACUUAGUUAGCCGUGUUGUCUGCCAAGUGAAGUUUUCUUUUCACAUUACUCAUUAAUUAGCACGACAGCUAUCGCAAGCUGUCACACUAAAUCAACGAAAUCAAAAAAAACUCGGACCAUUUGACUAGUUUUACUUUAUGCUAGCGUGAUUUAGUACGAUUUAACUGCAGAAUUUCGCAGAAUUUACUCCCUGGUCCAGUACAAGCGAAAUAGACUGGUUCAGCUUCAUUCAUGUCAAUGGAUACUCGGGACAGUACGAAGCUCCAUCCUCCACCACCCAGUGGAGUGGUAUCUGACAACCUGUCCCAGUCAUCCUAUCAAGACUAUCCAGCACACCGUCCCCUAAUCAACACAUUUCUGCAUCACACUCCCCGACAACACACACAUCAGUCAUGUCGCACAUUAUCACCCAGCAAGGCCUUCCCAGAAACCAGCAGUGCAGCAAUCUUAUCUGCCUUGAGGAAUCUCCAGAAAAAGAUCAGGAGUUUGGAGUUGGACAAAGGACACAUAGAAUCUGUAUUCAGAGACACACCAUACACACAACUACAGAGUGACAAAGUCACACAGGCAUCCUUAAGUAAUCAGACAGACAGAGGGAGAGAGAUGAGUGAUCCGUCCAACUGUAACCAAGUGUUGAUCACCCACCUUGCUGCUGCAGAAUCUCGCUGUGUGAGACUGGAACGACAGCUGGAACACAUGAGAAGGAUGUUGCACAAUGUCAAGGCAGACAAGACCAACCUGGUCAAACAGCAGGUUUCCAUGGAUACAGCGGAAAAAGCCCAUCAACAGCCUGACGCAGUGUCCGAGCAUGUCCAUCUGGAGAAGCUGGAGCGACUUGAACAGGAGUAUCUCCGGCUCACACGCACACAGAAAAAUACUGAGAUAAAGAUGCGUGAGCUGGAGAUGAAACUGCAGGAGGAGGAGCAUCAGAGAAAGCUGAUCCAGGAUAAAGCCAUUCAGCUACAGACAGGUUUGGAGGCCAAUAGGAUCCUGCUGCGGUCAGUGUCGCCCUGUAUGACCACUAGACAGGCCAAAGAGAAGAGGUCCAGUUCCCAGAAGUCUUCACCGCAGCUGUUGUCAAGCACACAGCCACAUUAUAGACUGAGCCUCAGAGACGUGCCUUUUGUUGCUGGAACGUCCAUAGGCGGCAGCCACUCAGUCAGAGCAAAUGUCCAGUCAGUUUUGUCUCUUCUGAAGCAGCACCAGCCACACCUCUGCAACAGCCAUGUACUCUCUGACCAUGCAAGCAGCUACAGGACUGUUGGCCACACGUGUUCAGAGAGUUCCUCCUCUUCCUCUUCCACCAGUGGAGAGGAGCUGUCAGAGUUGAUGCAAGCACUACACAAGGAGCUGCGACUCAUGAGUCUGGAGCAUGAAGAAUUAAUGAGGCAGAUGAGGGAGAGUGUGUCUCAGCAGGAAAGAAGGGAACUUCAGAGGGAGCAGGAGAGUUUGCUGCUCAAAAUGGAGAGGAAGGGAGAUCAGAUUAGUAAGCUCUACAAACAUAAAAAACAUAUAAAGAAGCUCAGAAAGGAGGCCAAUUUAAGGCAUAACUGUCGGAGUGAAGUUAAAAUGGGUACUGCAGUGCCCACAAGAGGGCGCUCCACUGCAGCAGUCAAACUUAAACCAGGAGAGAGAAGCAAGAGGAAUCUGGAGCUGCUGAGGGACAUGAAGGCUUUGCAGAACUCAUUACAGAGCUGAAACGGUUUAGUCUUGUUGGUGCUAUCUUUCUACACAGUACAACCAUUGACUGAAAACCACCAGUUGAACAUGACAAAGGAAAUAACAUGUGGACUGUUUGACUUGUGAUUUCUUGAGAAAAAUCUUAUUUUAACAAACUGGGAAAAUGACAUUGUCUUUGUUGUCUUUAGUAGUCCAAUCUAAUCGUGUCAUGUCAGGAUCAUUUAUACUUCAAACAGACCAUUAAAAAUGCAGCAUUUUUGUUCAUGGUGCAUCAAGAUCUGGAUAUGAAUUCAGGAUUUUUUUGACACUCUCUGAGUGCUUUCUCUAGUUUUGCUUUGUGUAUAACUGAUUAUUCACUCAGUGCUGGAAAAUAUGUGUUCAUUUCUCUGUUUGAUCUUAAGGUAUAGACACCCAAUUUUACUGCCAUGGACAACCUGGUCUUGGGAACCACCAGGAAAAAAAAUUAAUGAUGCUAAAAAAUCUCUGGGUUGCUUGAUAGUUACACAUUCUCACAUUGUAUUAACAUUUACAAAGUGGUUGCAUCAACUGUCAGUAGUAGGAAGAACUGGCAGUGAUGAGUCUGAGUGGAAUAUAUUACUAUAAUUGGAAAAAAUAACAGUUACAUGGCAGACGAUAUCGAUGCAUACUUGGAAAUAUUCCUACAAUCAUGUGCUUUUUUGAAAUGAAAAUGUGUUUGUUGGGAAAUAAAAAUUGUAUUGCUUGCAUAUCCCUAGAAUCUA